AUCCCAGCCAUUUGUGGUGUUUGGGGACCUGCACUACAUUUCCGGCAAUACAGAGAUGGGCACGGGAUUUUGCCUUUUUCUCUUUGCAUGUGCAGCUUUUACAGACCAGAUACCAGGGGCAGCACCCAGUGGGGAAGCAACCAGGCUACCUUUGGAUCUUGGUGUGCAGAGUGAUGUGGAGAAAGCCAUGAGAAUAUUUGAGAGGCACCUGAAAGAAGGAUGUGUCUCUGAAAGGAAGGAGCUGAUGAGAGCCAAAGAAAAUUUGGAGAAGACCCUGCUGCAAACCAGUCUCCAGACAGAGAAUCUCACUGUUCUGCAUGACAAUAUUCAAACAUUAAUAUUCAGGAUAAAACUUAGUGAUUUCAGAGGACUGAAUAUCAGCAGCGACAGCUUAAUGCGCAAUACUUCGGCGAAGAACCCAACCCGACAUGCCAUGCAUUUCCCUGCUGAGCUAGCGAAGAGAGCCCAGGGCACAGCUGCGAAGGAGAUGCGGCUCACCUGCAUUUACCUGAAAACCUCUUGCUUCUUCCAGGACAGAAAGAACCACUCCCUGCUGAAUGAUGACAUCUUAGGGGCCACCCUUGGGAAUAUCAGCAUUACUCAACUCAGUGAACCGGUGGAGAUCAGGUUUUGGCACAACCGCACACUGGCCAAUGCCAGUGUGGCCUGUGUUUUUUGGCUGGAAGGAACAGAAGAGGGCAGCAUGGGGAGCUGGAGCCAGGAAGGCUGCACAACUAACAUCAGCUGGGACGGCAUGGUUCUGUGCCAGUGCAACCACCUCACCUACUUUGCUGUCCUUGUGCAAAUCUCCCCAAACAAUCUGGAUGAAUCUCUGCUGGCUCCUCUGACCUAUAUCACCAACGUAGGCUGCAGUAUCUCUGCUUUUGCAUGCCUGCUCACUAUCUUUUUCUACAUUCUGUCCCGGAAAAUCCAGCAUGAUUCCACAACCAAGAUCCACAUGAACCUUCUGGGAGCCCUCUUCCUUCUCAACGUGUCCUUCCUGGGCAGCAGCUUACCAGCAUCAGCCAGCCUUUCGUGGCCGUGCACAGCCACAGCCGCUUUCCUCCAUUACUCUCUGCUCUGCUGCCUCACCUGGAUGGCCAUCGAAGGCUUCCACCUCUACCUGCUCGUGAUCCGAGUCUACAACUCAUACAUUAUGCGUUACCUCCUUAAACUGUGUUCAGUUGGCUGGGGGUUCCCUGGCUUAGCAGUGGUGAUCAUCUUCCUGAGCAACAGCCAAAUUUAUGGCCGUUAUGGUAUCAAAACCAGCUCUGCUCACCGCAACAGUACCAUGUGCUGGAUCACUUCUCCCACAGUGCAUUACUUCAACCUGAUUUACUGCAGUGGCACCAUAGUCUUCAAUAUGGCUGUCUUGACCUUGGUGGUUUGGAGGCUCAGGCAGCUCCGAGCCAGUCCUCGGCAGCGGAAAGAGCAUUCCUGUAAGGACAUGGUGACAGUUCUUGGGCUGACUUGCCUCCUGGGUGCCACCUGGGCGUCGGUUUUCAUCUCCUUUGGGGUGCUCUCGGUCCUGCAGAUCUUCCUGUUCACUGUCCUCAACUCACUUCAAGGGCUUUUCAUCUGCCUCUGGUACUGCACCUUGAGGUCCCAUUCGCAGGACAACAUCUCAACAGGGCUCUCUCGUUCAUCUCGUUCAUCUCAGUGACUGCAGCAUCGCAUGACUGGCGAAGCCUCAGGACAAAAGGAUGCCCAGAUUCUGGAAAUUUAUUUGGUGUUGCCUUCCAAAAGGGAAUCUUCAUAGGAGGAGGAAGGAAGGCAAAUAUAUGCAUGUGGUCUAAAUCAGGGAUUGGGAAUCUGUGGCCCUCUAGAUGUUGUUGGACUCCAACUCCCAUCAGCCUCAGCCAGCAUGGCCAAUGGUCAAGGAUGAUGGAACUUGUAGUCCAGAAACAGAGCGCCAGAGUGGUGUAGUGGUCAGUGUGCUGGACAAGGAUGUGGGAGAACCAGGGUUCAAAUCUCCACUCAGUCAUGAAGCUCACUGGGUGACCUUGGGCUGAUCACUGCCCCUCAGCCUAACCUACCUCACAGGGUUGUUGUGAGGAGAAAAUGGGGAGGAGAAGUAAGUGCACAACCUUGAACUCUUUGCAGGAAAGGUGAGAUAAAUACACAAUCAAUUGAUAAUACCUGGAGGGUCACAGUUUCUCAAUCCCUGAUCUAAAUCCUACAUAGCUGCAGGGGACACUUGUCUUGGCCCUCACUGCCAGCUGAAGAAUUCAGACUCACAGCUCGGUUUCCACCAAAGAAACUUAAACCAGAGUGGUACAAAAUCAAGGCAACAGUUGAAAGGCACAGUAGGUGUGUGCAA